ACAAAGCCACAAACUUAUUCUCGUCUCCUCCAAGUGGCUCCAAGUCCACUGAGGCAAAGAGGGGAAGCGGGGAAGUAGAGCAGCAGUGUGACAGCCAGCAUCAGUCACAUUGGAGCAGUCCGAGUGAGCAGAGGAGGUGGGAGAUGAUCGGAAGCCCCUCUGCUGCUGAACUCUUCCUGAUAAUCUCGGAUUGAUUCUCUCUGUCCUCUACGACUCCUCAGCAACAUGAACUCCUCAUCAGCCAACCUUCACAGCAAAUGCCUGCCCUUGGAGACGGAGCGUAGCCAGAGGCUCCCAGAUGUGGACGUGGCACAGCAGUUAAAGUUGAAAGAGAGACAGCGUUUCUUUGAGGAGGUCUUCCAGCAUGAUGUGGAUGUCUACCUGUCCUCGGCACAUCUUUGUAUCCGAGACUAUAAGAGACCUCCAAUAGGCAGCGUCUCGUCCAUGGAGGUGAAUGUGGACUUGCUGGACCAGAUGGAGCGGAUUGACAUCUCUGACCAGGAGGCCUUGGAUGUCUUCUUCAGCUCAGGGGGAGAAGAGGGGAUACUGACCUCCCCACUGCCAGUGCACGAAAACAACAACAACGAUGAAGUCGUCAGCAAUGGACUCUUUCGACAUGUCCUUGAGGGUCUUGAUGCCAAGUCCCGCAUGUCCUCCACAUCUUCAAACUCCUCCUCCGACAGCCAAACCACCAACGCCAACGGAGGAAACACCCCCGUAGUCAGGUCAGACGAUGAGGAAACACACACCAGCACAGUCAAGAGAAGAGCCAUGCCUCCAAAAACAGAGACGGUAAAAAGUCAGACUCCAUCAUCGUCUUCGUAGGACACCCACUCUCCACAAUAUAUCUCCACGGGGGGGGGGGGCAGCUACUGAAAGAGGCCUCUCACCUGCAACGGUCUUCCACGCACUAGCUCUUGUCACUGAUUUGAACGUUUUCAUUUGAGUUAUGAUUUGUGGGUUGGGUUCUCUGUGUGUUUUGGAGGUGCAGACCAUAAACUGUAAACACAGAAAUUUCCUAUAUAUUUGCAUCUGUUUCCAUUCAUGUUUUGGCAUGUUCUGACAGACAAUAUGUGUUCCCAUUUCUCACUACAUCUGACUUGUUGAUGAAUAAUGAAUUUUGUACAGUUUUAACACAACCCGCAGACAGUAAGGCAGGAAUGAUAAAGUAAUAAUUGGAUGAUUUGAGGUCAAUUUGACAAUAGAAGGCUUCAUACUAUUAAUUGUACUAUUUUUUAAAAACCCAUUGUCCUGCUGGCACAAAUUGCUUUUCUAGUUCCAAUUUUUAAAUGAAUCUAACAAGAUUUCGUUGUUUUAACAAAGGGAGAGAGGAAAAAAAAAAAAGAGUCAUAUGUUUCUAAAAGUCAACAAAAGAUUACCUGGUCAUUUUGUUUAAAAGAAUGUAAAGUGCUUAUCUGCCUCCAUGGAGGCUAAAGGACGCUACAACCACAACCUGUUAGGCAGCAAUUUCAAUGUGCUGACAUAAAAUGUAUGUUGAAGCACAAGAAUCAAAUAUAGAAAAAAUUAAAAGACAUUGUCAGUCUUUUUGCUAAAUAGAUAGUUCAGCAAAUAAGGCCUUUUGUGUCCCAGUAACUAUAAGUCAGUGUUUGAAAAGUCCCAUCACUGCAAUCAUUUCUUAAGAAGCAGUGACGUGUUGAUGGUAAUAGAUUGAAUAUUGGCAGAAUGAACACACACACUAUAUAUUAGGAAAAAAACAAAUUGUGUGAUUUCCUUUUACAGUGCAUGCCGGUCCACACAAAAGAGCAACUCUUGAUUGAUCCCGAGGGGAAAUUCUUACAUGCAGAGAGCGUUUACAACGGUGUGACUGCACUGUGACAACUGUCAAAACCUCAAGCACUGCCACAAAAGCCACCUCUGGUGCUACAGGACCUCUCACUGUUCUACCCCCGUGUGAGAAAGUGAUACAUUAUCUUUAUCAGAGCAUACUAUAAUAUGUACAAUUCUGAUAACUCACUGCAAGUUGAAUUUUGUCAUCUGUCACAGUUCUGCUACGAAAGGCAGUCAUGACCCACCAAAAAAAAAAAAAAAAAAAAAAAAAAAAAAAGACCAGUGAUUGCUCUGGAGAAACCCUCAAACAUUGAGAAUCCAAGAACAGACUGCAUGGUCACUGCUUAGAAUUAUCAAACAAACCAGUGACACAGUUCCCGAUUUCUCCAAAUGCAAAGACAAGUAACUUUCCUGUUUAUUCUCCUUCAAGUUACCAGACAGUGCCCUCUAAAUGCACCACAGCCCAUCUAAUUCACCAAAUAUGCAUGAUAGAAUGCAACAAAGUUUUAACAAGGUGUAAAUAUGGACAAACUUGUCAAGUAGUACAGCUGCAAAACCUGAACUACAGCAGUGACAUUUUACUUCUCCCCCCCCCCCCCCACUCCUGCAGAGGCUCUCCUCACUCCAGGAGACAGAUCUGCUCAACUUUCAGCCUCAUCUCUACGCAGAUGAGGGGAACUCUGACAACCUCUCAGAGCUUGAGAAUACCAUGAGGAUUCAUUUCAGAAUAUGCUAGAAGACUGUGGACCCAAGUUCAAGCAACUAGUUGCCAUUUGCAAUCCACCACAUAUUCAGAUCUGACAGUCGUUUAAGCAGUGAAAGGAUGGUGUUUUUGAAACUGUACUAAAAACUUUGUUUUAAGGUUGAUGGAUGCCAACAAUUUAUGAGAUGAAAGCCAUUUUGUUAAUCAUAUGUUAUUUAAUAGCACAUGUUACAAAGUCCUCCAGUUUUCAUUUUAGAAGUGAAAAAAAAAAAAAAAACUAAAGUACAGCUGUCCUCCAAAAGCAACUUGGAGUU